AUGUGUCGCUUCGUGAUUUACAAAGGGACUUCGCCAGUUCAACUCUCCCAUCUGUUGACUCGACCAUGCCACUCUAUCAUCAACCAAGCAUUCGACUCGCGACUGCGCCUCGAUCGACGGAGGCCCAUGAAUGGCGAUGGCUUUGGGGUUGGCUGGUAUGACUCGGUUUACGACGAAGAACUUGGCAGUCAACCCUGCAUAUUCACUUCCGUGACGCCGGCUUGGAAUAAUAUCAACCUUACGCGUCUCGCGGAGAAAAUUAAAUCUCCUUUGGUUUUUGGUCACGUUCGAGCCACUACAGCUGGUUCAUUGUCUCUUGACAACUGCCAUCCGUUUGUUCAUGGGAAAUUGAUGUUCAUGCACAACGGUGCACUCGCUGACUUCCCCUUGUUCAAACGGCGCUUGUUGUCCGAUCUUCCAGAUGUUGCUUUUAACAUGGUUCAGGGCAAUACAGAUUCGGAAUGGGCUUUCGCCCUAUUACUUUCCAAGUUGCCUGACCCUGAUGCAAAGUCUUUCACUUCAGACAUUUUGCGAAAAGCAAUGCUUGAAACAAUCGCGACGUUGAAUACUUAUGCUGAAGAAUGUGGUAUCACCGAGCCGAGCCUGAUGAAUUUCUGCGUCACAGACGGAGAAAGUGUGGUGGUGACGAGGUAUAUCUCGUCGAGAAAGGACGAAGCGGCUUCUCUGUGGUUCUCGUCCGGCACAGAAUUCAGUGAAUAUGCAGAGGGAGGUCACUACCGGAUGUCCAAGGCCGAUAAGCGUGAAAGUAUCAUUAUGAUCGCUAGUGAGCCACUGACGUUUGAAAGAGGUAAAGCUCUCAAUAGCACUCCGUCCACUUUAUUCACCCACUCGCCAGCUGACUGGAUGGAGAUCAAGACAAAUCAUAUGGUGGUUAUCACGUCAAAAAUGAACCUCCUCCAGAUCCCGAUCAUAGAUAAAUUCUACGUGCCCCCAUCCGAUCCGGCUGCUCUGACCCGAGCCACAGAGUUUGCUCAAGAAAAAGGCUUGCUUAAUCCACGUAAAAGCCUCUCUGUCGAGCAGCCUCCUCCUCCCGUUAUCGGUAGACGAGCCACUACCGAAAGUCGUUGCUGUUAA